AUGGGGCCUACCUGUUGUGCCACAUGCCAGGGCGGUACCAUCAGCUGCGACCGCGCCAGACCGAAACAAGCAUCUCCAAGGUGCUCUCGAUCCCACCGGAAAUGCAAGAGGUACGGUUUCAGGCUCUCCUGGCCGCGUCCCAACAAUCGUCGGCGUGCUGUCGUCUGCAAGUCGGCUCCGCUGUCCCCGUCACCUUCCACGGCUGGCCAGAUCUCCGAUGCACGCUUUGUCCACACGUCGAAUUGGGAUAUUGAAUUGCAUCACAGCUUGACAAGCUCUGUUCCGGUGCGCAAUCUCUCCUUACUCAGUGUCCCCAUUUUCUGGAACCCAUCUAAGCUGGAGGCUCUUGACCGAGACCUGUUAGACUACUUUUGCUGCGUAGCGUCUGCAUCCCUUGCCACCUUUGGCCACGAUGCCACCGCCCUCGGGAACAUCCUGGUUCGAAUAGCCCUGCAGGGAUCUGCGGCAGUGCUGCAGGCGCUGCUGGCCUUUUCUUCCCUACAUCGCUACGGCCUACAGUCCCAAGCCCUGGAGCUGAAAAUCGCUGCGCUCGGAAGCUUGGCCAAAGGUUUAGCAGCGCCCAAUCUGUGCGUGCAAGCGACCAUGCAGCAUAUUGCGGCGGGGAUGCUUCUUUGUUCAUUUGAGGUCCACCAGUCGUCUUGCACUUCAGACCAAUGGACGUUUUACCUCGGCGGGGUCAAGACGGUCCUCAACGCGUCCUCUACCAAAACAUUACGUCAGCUUGGCUCCGAUGUGGCCGCCUUGCUGGACUGGGUGCACUACCACGAUGUUCUCGCGCGUUUUUCCCUACUACACUGGAAAAGAGAUGGGGCCCCACAGCUCCCGUCGACUCCAACAGACCUCUUCUGUUCACAGGUAUCCAUUUUGCCGCCGCCUAUUUUCUCCAUGCUGAAUCUGCUGUCCCAAGUAUGCGAGACAAUAUCUAGCGACGCAAUUCCACCAGAAACCAGCGUCAACAUGAAUGAUUACAAAUGCUUCCUAGAAGUACUGGAUUGGAGAAUCAGGCGCCUAUCAAUACCAAAAGUCCCGGAUGAGAGCGAACCUGUUUCGGACAAUGCGACGUUGGUAAUGCAACUAUACCAACUUGCUAUACUGCUGUUUCUCAACCGAAGUUUCGAAGGCCUGAUCCUCCAACCCCUCAGAACACAACAGCACAUCGACAGAGCCUUCGCUAUUCUCCUCCGGCUGAGCUCCUGUAAACAGCAAUUUCCCAUUUUCGUCAUUGGCUGUGAGGCGCGAACGGAUGAGCAGCGGGCCGUCGUCCUCGAUGUCAUCUCCAGGACGGAGAAGAUGAGCUCGUCGCGAUCUUUGGACUAUUCUAUCGCGAUAAGUUGA